UUGAGCCAAAAAUGACAAGUGGGUUUGGCAAAUGGACAAUAGAAGAGAGGAGUCAUGAGCACGCCGUCGCCCAAGUCCUCUCUGGCCAAGCUGGGGCUGUACCCCAAGCCCAAGCCCUUCAAGAUCAUGGUGCUGGGACAGUCAGGCGUUGGGAAAUCUGCUUUAGUGGUGCGAUUCAUCACCCGGCGCUUCAUCGGGGAAUAUGAUCCCAAUUUGGAGAAGAUUUACGCGUUUCAAACAGUAAUUGACAACGAGAUGGUGUAUUUUGAAAUACUGGACUCGGCGGGGGACCCCCAUGAGAGCGAGUACACAAAUCUAGAGAGCAACAUCAGGUGGGCCGAGGCGUUCAUACUCAUGUACUCUGUGACGGACAAGUGCUCCUUCGACGAGUGCCAUCGGCUCAAGUUCCUGAUCAACUACAAUAAGAGGCGGCGGAGGAUCUCUUCAUCUAUGAAGGACAGCGUAUUGGAGACGCCAGUGGUCCUGGUGGGCAACAAGGUGGACCAGCCAGGGGACCGCAUGGUGAGCACGGAAGAGGGCCAGCGCCGCUGCAAGGAGAUCGGCUGCGUGUGCUUCCACGAGAUCUCCGUCCGAGAGAGCAUCGACCAGGAAAUGAAAUUCGCUCGGAACACGUGCUAA